AACAGUAAGCAGCCAGUGAAGAAUCCAGCCUGCCAAACAAGACUGAGUUUGGGGUCAGGAACCGGUCUGACAAGAGAAUGGCAGUCCUGCACGUAAACUGUCAAUAGGACUGUAUAUUUGAGGAUGAACCUACCAGAACACUGGUUCCAAAGUCGACACACCGAACAAGAGAAUGUCAAGACAUAUUUCAGGAGAUUGUGAGUGUCACUAAAGAUGUCCGAUAGAGUCGAUAUUGAAGAGAAACCGCCAGCCCCUCCCUUGAGAAUGAACAGUAGUUCCCGAGACUCUACAUCAGUGAAUCACGGCUCCAAACCUCUCCCAAUGGCUCCUGAAGAGAAGAACAAGAAGGUCCGCCUGCGCUCCAUCUUCCCUGGAGGAGACAAGACGAACAAGAAGAAGGAGAAGGAGCGCCCUGAGAUCUCCCUGCCCUCAGACUUUGAGCACACCAUCCAUGUUGGCUUUGAUGCUGUUACAGGGGAGUUCACUGGCAUCCCAGAGCAGUGGGCGCGGCUCCUUCAGACCUCCAACAUCACCAAGCUGGAGCAGAAGAAGAACCCUCAGGCCGUGCUGGACGUGCUCAAGUUCUACGACUCCAAAGAGACUGUCAACAACCAGAAAUACAUGAGCUUCACCCCCGGAGACAAGUCAGCACAGGGAUACAUAGCAGCCAACACUCUGAACCGACUGCUGUCGUCUGGGCCUCCUGUCAGCCUUAGAACCUGCAGUGCAUUAUUUGACAAGGGUGCAAAGACAUCUACAGACCCCCCUAUAGCACCCCCUGUGUCAGAGGAGGAGGAGGAGGAAGAGGAGGAGGAGGAGGAGGAGGAUGAUGACGAUGAGCCACCACCCGUCAUCGCACCUCGACCUGAGCACACUAAAUCUAUCUACACCCGCUCUGUCAUCGAGCCCUUGGCGCCUCCCACCCCUGUGAAGGAGGUCACAACCCCGCCAGAGUCCCAGGUCCAGCCGGAGAACACGUCCAGCACUCUGUACCGCCACACCGAUCGGCAGAGGAAGAAGUCCAAGAUGACAGACGAGGAGAUUCUGGAGCGACUUAGAAGCAUUGUGAGUGUGGGGGACCCCAAAAAGAAGUACACACGCUUUGAGAAAAUAGGACAAGGGGCAUCUGGCACUGUGUACACAGCCAUUGACAUUGCUACUGGCCAGGAGGUGGCCAUUAAGCAGAUGAACCUCCAACAGCAGCCUAAGAAGGAGCUGAUCAUCAACGAGAUCCUGGUGAUGAGGGAAAACAAAAACCCCAACAUAGUCAACUACCUGGACAGUUACCUGGUAGGGGAUGAGCUAUGGGUGGUGAUGGAAUACCUGGCUGGAGGUUCACUGACUGACGUGGUGACUGAGACCUGCAUGGACGAGGGCCAGAUCGCUGCAGUCUGCAGAGAAUGUCUGCAGGCUCUGGACUUCCUGCACUCCAACCAGGUGAUCCACAGAGACAUCAAGAGUGACAACAUCCUGCUGGGCAUGGACGGCUCAGUCAAGCUCACCGACUUUGGGUUCUGUGCCCAGAUCACCCCAGAGCAGAACAAGCGAAGCACCAUGGUGGGCACGCCCUAUUGGAUGGCACCCGAGGUCGUGACCCGUAAGGCCUACGGGCCCAAGGUGGACAUCUGGUCCCUGGGUAUCAUGGCUAUAGAGAUGGUGGAGGGAGAACCUCCCUACCUUAAUGAGAACCCUCUCAGGGCUCUGUACCUAAUCGCCACCAACGGGACUCCAGAGCUGCAGAACCCUGAGCGUCUGACCUCCGUGUUCAGAGACUUCCUCAACCGCUGCCUGGAGAUGGACGUGGACCGCAGAGGCUCAGCCAAGGAGCUCCUCCAGCAUUCAUUCCUGAAGUUAGCCAAGCCCCUGUCUAGCCUGAGCCCUCUGAUUGUAGCAGCCAAGGAGGCCAUAAAAAACAGCAGCCGCUAGAGGACGCCAUGUGUGCACACACAGAGCUGGACCCUGCUCCAUGGUGUUGUGUGACAGAGAGACAGCACAAGGACAGACCAGUAACCAACCCUCCUGCUGCCUCAUACAGGGGAUGGACAGCUGGCCUGCAGGGCCUCUCAGCAGUGGGACGCUGCUGCUGAACCGCCUGCCGCCUCCUCCUCUAGUCCUCCAGCGUUCUGUACAUGUGGAGCAGUCUGUCAGACGUCUGUUAGCGUGUGUGUAAACGUGUGUGUGUAAGAGUGUGUGCGUACGCGUGUGUUUGGCCUGUGAGGGGAGUAGAGGCUCCUAAACUAAAUACUAAAAAUAGAAAAUAUGAAGAAAAAAACCCCAAAAGCUCCUUUUCAAAAGGGAGAGACCCAGGAAGAGAGGCAGAACGUAACAGCACUGAGAUAAUGUGAUUCCUUCCUUGUCUGUCCAGCAAUCGCCUUGGUUCCCUUUCCCUUUCCAUCAGGCAUCUCCUGCAGUGAACCUUUUAUAUGGGACAAACUUGGGGACUCUGGACCCAGCAUAUGCCUGCAUGACUUUGUGCAUAUGUGAGAGAGAGAAAAGAAGGGAGGGAUAGAAGAGACAAACAUUCAAUCAAAGCCAGUUGGCUGUUGUACUCCAGGACAUGGCUGUUGUACUCCAGGACAUGGCUGUUGUACUCCAGGACAUGGCUGUUGUACUCCAGGACAUGGCUGUUGUACUCCAGGACAUGGCUGUUGUACUCCAGGACAUGGCUGUUGUACUCCAGGACAUAGCUGUAAUUUCACCCUAAAGUUGCUAGAUGUUUAGAGAUCUGACAUAGAGAAUGGCUUUGCCAGGGCUGCAGUGGAGGCUGAUUCAAUAACUACUGCGUAUCUGAUGGGCCACAAUGUGUUCAGAGUUCAAGUCACAAGUCAUAAAUCCCAUGUUAUUGGCUAAUUACCUUUAGUUAGUUGGGAUAGUCUACAGACAAAAAUUUGCUUGUUUUCUUUAGUUUUUUUUUGUUGGGGGGGGGGGCAGUGUUUGUCAAUGUUACCAUUUGUUUCACAUCAAUGAGCCUUACUUUUGCAUGCUUAACCUCUGAUCUGUGAAUUUACUUAGAUGUGUCAGAAGUAGAAGCCAUGCUUAGUGUGAAAAGCCAUUUGUUCAAGUGAGCACAAUCCCUGAGUUAGCGCAUAUGUUCAUCUGUCUAUCUGUUUGUCCGUCCAUGCUGUGUUUAUCCAGUUUUUUUAAUGGGAUGCUAUCAUUUAGCCUACCCCCUCUCAGUGGAAGUUAAGAGUUAUUGCUCCAGUGUCUUUUUGCUGAACGUUCUGAUGUGUGAGUUUGGUUGUGUCUGUUUCUAUAUGAGUGUUUCUGUGAGUUUUGGCUGUUUGGCAGGUUGGUGGAUGGGUGGGUGUUAAUCAUUUGCCCAUGAAAAGGUUUUUGGAUUGAAGACUGAGUGCCAAUUGAAUUGUCUUGCCUUGUCCAUUGGAAACUAGAGGGUCACAUUCCCCUUCACUUUGCCAUUCCUAUCAUCCCAUAGCAGAGGCUACUAGAAAACAAGUCUGGAAAGCUCUGCAGAUAAGUAUAGAAUGCUUAUUGAUUCUUCAUUCAAUAUCUUAGUAAUAACCAUCAACAUGGCAUCCUCCGUCUGGUCUAUAGUAGCCACAGCAUCCCUUAGGAUUGUACUGAAGUCCAGACCUGGGACAGAGAGAGUAGGCGACAGGAAAGACACUUGAGGGUCUAACCUGUAGUGUACACUACAGAGUGAUAUCAUUCCCUGAUCUCAGGGCUCUCACAGGGAGUCACUGACCACUGAUUUCAUGGGCUAUAUUCCAUGAGCUCACACUGUAUCCCUGGUAGAUGGUGUUGGGAGUGUGUAUGAAUGGGAGUGUGUGUGUAUGCAUGAGUGUCUUUGUAAGGGAGAGAGUGACCUCAGUCUGCACUAGAUACCACACUUGUUCUCCACCUUAACUCAGACUGUGUAGUGCAGGGUAGCUGCUCGCUCAUCCCUCCACCACGCAGGAGAGCGUCACACUGUCCAUUGCAAGGAGUACAUCACCGAUUUCAUGCAUGGGAAAACAAGACGUUAGUACAUUUUCCAAUUAGGCUAACAUUGUUAGGAUAUGUUUGUGUAUGUAAAUAGGAUGGGAUUAUUUUUAAAAAUCUGAGUUACGCAACUUCAAAAUGAAAGGAUAAUAUCCAGGUUGCUCUAUGGUAUUUAUUUAUAAAUGUUUUGCACCCUGGAAAUUGAAUGAGAAAAUAAAACACACUCCUGGAUGGAUGGAUCAUGCUUGGGCUGUGUCAGACAGUACUCCACCUGGACACAGAGCUGUCUCCAGCAGUCCCAUGUCUGUCUGUACGGAGCACUACUUCUGAGUGUGCCUGUGGCUGAGAGUCUUAGGGACCUCACAGAGACUAUCUGCCCUCUGACCUUUAGCCGCACCUCUAUGUACAGGCCUGAACUCUGAGCACAAAGAUGAACUCUAGGACAGCUAGCGACCUUGCCCCGCCCCUCCCCGCCGGCCCACUCCUCUUCCGCGGUCGAUCCUGUACAUUCCUAUCUUCUGAAUGUGUAAACCUGUACACGUGGUGUGAAAAUUCCUCCAUUAAUGAUUAUCAUGAGAACAGAACAAAGGCAAAAAAGUGUUUAUUUAAAAUUAUUAUUAUUAUUAUCUGGGUUUGUAAACUGCUGACCCAUCUGGUGAACCUCAGCAAGCCCCAUCUUUGGAAAAGGACAGAUGAGAAAAAGCAACUGGGGACAACUAAGGUUUUGGAUGAGCUAUUUUUAAUUGUGGAUAAAGCAACAUACUUUUUGGAAUUCUGAAUUGUGCAUGGCUGUGUCUUGAGUGUAAAACAACAAAAUACUGCAGUUUGGGAACUGAACUGAAAUAAAAAAAGAUAUACUUUU